GCUGUAUGCAGCAUACUUAAUGGCGUGCUACGGUUUCUCAACUCCGAAAUUAAAAUACAAACAAAUAAGUUCGCUGAUAUAGCAGUGAAAGAAGCAUUUCACUUUCUACAAUUUUUUGUCGAAAAUUUUUAUACUACUCCAUGCUUUGUACGGUAUAUUCGUGGAGUUAAGGAUGUGUGUCAGUUUGCACUGACUGUAAAAUGUAAUCUUUAUACCAAAAAAGCCGCUUGUGAUGUAUUUACAAAAUUGAUAGAAUUAUUUGAAGGUAAUGCAAACUUGCAGCUUGGCGAGACAAUCAAGAAGUUUAUUAGAACAUUUCAUAUUAUCAGCCCAAAAGAAAGAAGAUUGAUAUUUUGCGUACUCGGUAAAAUAAUCAAGCACAAUGUAGGUGUCUGCUUGCCGCAGAAAUGUCUCAUUAUUUUCGACCAAAUGAAAUGGGAUGCGUUUAAGGAGUAUAAUCUUCAGACCAACAUACCCACUGACUUCUGUAUGUAUUUCGAUUCCCUUGCGGACAUGUUGGACAGUGUGGAACCACCGGACAACAUAAAGGAGACAUUUUUCCGCGAAUUUUACAAGUGGAUUAAGAACUUUAUCCAAUCAAGCGAACAGCAAAGGGCUAAACAGGAAAAAAGAACAGUAAUGGGAUCAGCGAUUAAGCUUCUAAAUCGUCAUAUGAAUCUGUUUCAAGACCUGCUGUAUCCUGAUUACAAGUACUGGCACGAUACCCUCCGGAGCUUAUCGCUCGAAACGACUAGUUACGGUGUUAGCGGACAGUACACAUUGAAAAGAUUUUAUCGAGUUAUCGGACAGAUUCUCACAGAUCAAAAUAGUGAAAAGAGCGAUUUAAAAUAUUUUUUGGAUCAUUUUCAUACAGAACUCAAAAAGAUUAACUUAGAUUUAAGCACAUUGCGAUUAGUCGUUUAUGGCUUCAGUCAAAUGGCUGCGCCAUGCAAAACGCAUCUGGAUGAAUCCAAUUUAAGAUCUAUGUAUUCCGAUAUAACCAGUUACGCGCUUCCUCUUUGUGCCAGUGAGCAUAGCCAUUCGACGCACAUAGAGAAUGUCUGUUGUUAUCAGGAAGCGCUCUCGGAAAUACUGUGUCACAUGACUGACGUUACAAUUGAAAAUAUUAAUGUCAUCGUAAAGCUUAGUAUUUAUACGAUCAAGAGAUUCUCCGAUUUAACAAUAUCUAAUAAGGUCGGUGUUUACACAUUGACCAGGACUAUCAGCAAUCUCGCGACCGUCAAUAAAGGUCUGCUGCAGCGAUAUCUCGAUACUAUAGUUUACGACGGCGUUGCGUGGAGUUGCUCGCAUACGUUGGCGCUCGACGCGGAGCUGCAACGAGAGCUGAACAAUCUGUCACAAUCGCCAGUAUGCUACAAGAAUUAUCUGCCACUAUGGACGGAGCUGUUGAACGCCGAGAACUAUCGCGGACACGAGGAGCUGGCGCAAUACGUAGCGAACACCAUGUUGGACGUGUGCAUCGCGUUGAUCAACCGGCUGAACAUACAAGUGAAACGAAAGAACGAGGACACCGUGCUGUCCGACGUGGCCCUCACUCAGAGCGCCGUGAAUCAGGCGGACUUCCGCGUGUUCGCGAAUCUCGUGGAUCUUUACGUGGACGUGAUCGACGCGUCAGAGCUACAGUUCGGCAACACCGUGCACAGAUUUCUCUACGAAGUCGUCCGAUUGUCAUACAGGUAUCCGCUGAUAUCCGGUUUCUACAAACUGGUUCGGGCCGGUAUGAAAAUCCUUGCUCAUAUAUCAGAAGAGAACAAUGCAGAGUUGCAACGGACGAAAGAGCUUCUAUCUAAUUACUUGUGUCACACUCUCGAUUUAAUCCCCGCGUUCUCUAACGAGCUAUUGAUCGCGUGCCUCUAUUUGAUCUUGGAUGCGCCCUUCGCGUACAUCGAGGACGCGCUAUCGCGCACACUGCCGGCGUUCAAGAUCGCGUUCACCGUCGGCCUGAGUAACCUGGAACUCGCGUACACCGCGCUCGCUACUUUGGAGACGUGGACGACGUCGACAACUGCACAGAAACGGGAGCGAGAUGAGCGAACGAACGAACUGUUGCGCGAGAUCGUCGCGUACCUGGAGCCGUACUUGCGUAGCACGGAGAGCUCCGUCGAGCUCUCACAGGACUUAACGACGGCGAGGAAGCGCGUGAAGCGCGUAGACGUGAUCGACACCGAGUGUACUCUGCGAAACUUUCAGCGGCGAGUUCUGCUGUUUCUCGGAUCACUCGAUCACGAUUUGCUGACGAGCUUCGUGCACGAGCGUGCUUCUCGCAGCACCGGGGCGUCCUGGGAUCACAAGAAUCUACUCAAGUACAACCUAUCGCUGCCGGACGCGCGACCGGUCAUCCAUUUCGAUCGGAUGCUGCCGCGAAUAAUUGAAUAA